AUUGCCCUCUGCUCUUUUCCUGCUGCGCAGCCUUUUUUUGUUUUCCUCUCUCCUACUCUUUGUCUACCCAACUGAACCAGCCAUGAGCCGUAUCUCUUUCAGAUCAUCUACCGGAGGGGGCAUGAGGGGCUUUAGCUCAGGCUCUGCUAUUGUUGGAGGUGGUGGUGGUGGGACCAGAAGCAGUUUUAGCUCUGUCUCUGUCUCCAGAGUUGGAGGAGGAAGAGCUGGAGGUGGAGGAGGCUUUGGAGCUGGUGGUGGCUUCGGCAGCAGAAGUCUCUAUAACUUGGGUGGAAGCAAAAGAAUUUCCUACAGCUCGGUCAGUGGAGGUCUACGGAGUGGAGCCGGGGGCGGAUACAGUUUUGGUCUUGGCUAUGGUGGCGGAGCAGGCGCUGGCUUUGGCUUAGGAGGAGCCGGUGGUGGUGGCUAUGGGGUGGGAAGUGGAUUUGGGCUAGGAGGGCCCGGAUUUGGUGGCCGAGGUGGUCCCGGGUUCCCUGUUUGCCCACCUGGUGGCAUCCAUGAAGUGACUGUCAACCAGAGCCUCCUGGCACCCCUCAAGCUGGAUAUUGAUCCGGAAAUCCAGAAGGUGCGAACACAGGAGAGGGAGCAGAUCAAGACCCUCAACAACAAAUUUGCCUCCUUCAUUGACAAGGUGCGCUUUUUGGAGCAGCAGAACAAGGUGCUGGAGACCAAGUGGACCCUCCUCCAGGAGCAGGGUCACACUGUCACCAGGAAGUCCCUGGAGCCCAUUUUCGAAGCCUACAUCAACAACCUCCGGCGGCAGCUCGACAGCCUGAUGGGAGAGAGGGGCCGGCUGGACUCCGAGCUCCGGAGCAUGCAGGACAUGGUGGAAGACUUCAAGAACAAAUAUGAAGAUGAGAUCAACCGGCGCACAGGUGCUGAGAACGAGUUCGUGGUCCUCAAAAAGGAUGUGGAUGGCGCCUACAUGAACAAGGUUGAGCUCCAGGGCAAGGCCGAUGCUCUGGCAGAUGAAAUCAACUUCCUGAGAGCUCUGUAUGAGGCGGAGUUGUCCCAGAUGCAGCAGCAAGUGUCUGACACCUCCGUGGUUCUGUCCAUGGACAACAACCGGAACCUGGACCUCAACAGCAUCAUUGCCGAGGUGAAGGCGCAGUACGAGGACAUCGCCAACCGGAGCCGCGCCGAGGCCGAGGCUUGGUACCAGAACAAGUAUGAGGAGCUCCAGGUCUCUGCUGGGAGACACGGGGAUGACCUGAGGAACACCAAGAUUGAGAUUUCAGAGAUCAACCGGAUGGUCCAGAGGCUGCGGAAUGAGAUUGACAGUGUGAAGAAACAGUGUGCCAACCUCCAAGCAGCCAUUGCUGAGGCUGAGGAGCGCGGGGAACUGGCCCUCAAGGAUGCCAAGGCCAAGCUGAGCGAGCUGGAGGAUGCCCUGCAGAAAGCCAAGGCUGACCUGGCCCGACAGCUCCGGGAGUACCAGGAGCUCAUGAAUGUCAAGCUGGCCCUGGACAUCGAGAUUGCGACCUACAGGAAGCUGCUGGAGGGCGAGGAGAGCAGGCUUGCUGGAGAAGGAGUCGGAGCUGUCAGUGUCUCCGUGGUCAGCAGCUCCAGCGGGAUGGGCUAUGGUGGCGGGAGCUGCCUGGGCCUGGGCGGGGGGCUCGGCAUGGGCGGUGGAGGCGGCAGCAGCAGCUACACCAUGAGCAGCAGCGGCUUCGGAGGCGGCAGCGGAGGCUUCUCUGGGGGGCUCAACUACGGUGGAGGCAGCUCCUUCAGCUCCGGGAGCAGCCGGGGCAUCAACUCCAGCACAGGAGGCAGCGUCAGGAUCGUUUCCAAGACCACCACCAGCAAAAAGACCAUCAGAUAA